AUGUCGAAUCGAGGAAGGAUACAAAGCGAGAACGAGCUUUCCUGGCAACGAAGGGCGUACGAGCGUCACCGUUCUAGGGUAAAAACAGCUAGACCGACGGUAGAUGUGAAUCCACCGGAGGGCAGACCUCAUGUCUCGUUCAACGCGAAGAGAUUGCAACUGGAACGUGAACGGCAGGCGCGGAUUCUCAGGGAGAAUUUCAUCCUGCAACUCCGCGAGAUCAUGCAUCGAAAACGACGGGUCGCAGAGGAUACUCAAAGAGUCCAAUGGCAGGAAUCUAGAUGCGUCAGGGUUCGUUAA